AUGUCCAAGAUUAUAGGACUAACUCAUCGCUCAAUUCUGAUACUCAAAGGUACAGACUCGCUCAGUUUGUUGCAAGGUCUGAUCACAAAUGACGUAAAGAAACUAUUGCCUUCAACGGGUAUCGCUGCUCUUUUCUUGAAUACCAAAGGACGAAUUGUUGAUGAUGUCAUAAUUUCACGUGAUAAUGAAGAUGUCCUUGUUGAGUGUACAGCUUCGAAUAGAGGCGAUUUAAAAAAGUUUCUGGAAAAGUAUCGAAUGCGAAAAGCUGUAGAGAUUGUAGAAUCAAAAGAGAAUGUGUUGUUCUCUACCGAAGAAAUGCCGGGUUCAAUACUGGACCCAAGAUUUCCUUCGCUUGGUAGGCGUGUGUAUAGUGAAGACACGGGACAAGAAUCUUUAGCUGAUUAUCACGAAAGGCGAAUAAAAUAUGGAUUAGCAGAGGGUUGCGCGGAACUAGCUACUCUCUUGCCAUUCCAGGCGAAUGGCGAUUUACUCAAUAUGAUCUCUUUCGACAAAGGCUGCUAUAUUGGACAAGAAUUGACCGCGCGAACAGCACAU